UGCAAGUAGAAGGUUCUGGAAGUUCAUCGCCAGGAAGAGGAGGGGGAUUCCAAGUUAAAAAAGGUCAUUUCUCUCUACGGACGUCUACUUUAACAGGUAGUUAACCACAAUUUAAUGGUAUUUUCACUCUGCAAAAAAAGUAUGUUCCUAAUUGGUAACAAACUACUAACUAAGCUACUACUAUCACUAUCAGUUAGCUAGGUCGGGGAUAGCUAGCCAGCUAACAUUAGCCUAGCUAGCUACCAAACCUAGGUAAAUUAGCUAGCUAAUUUAACGUUAUGUUGGAUACGGGUAACUAGCUAGCUACUUUGUGCUUUCUAGUGAAGAAGAUGCAUAACGUCUGUAAGUAAAAAUUAAUAGAUAACACCUAACCACAUUGUAGGUAGCUAGCUAGCUAGAUGGGUCUCUGCUGUCCUUUUAAGCCUUUAGUAAUAAUCUAGCUAGCUAACAUUAAUGUAGCUAACGUUCGACGCUAGCUAGCGCUUCUAUAGUAUUGGCAAAGACGUUAACGUUACAGCAUGAAGAUUGGAAGAAUUAGUCUUCUGUACAGGGAUGUUUUCUUAAGCACCGCGACGCUCGGUCUGAACAUUAACACGCGUUGCUUGAGAUGGAAGCAUGCUUGCUAUGGAAGCAUAAGGACUUACUAAUUGUAAAAAAAAAAAAAGGUUAAAUUGAUACACACCUUUUUAUAGGGUUAAGAUUCCCACACGGCCAUAUAUUCAUGUUACAGCGCUUGUUUACAGACAGAAGCCAGUGGACUACCUGUGCUAAUUAGCUAUCUGCGUCUCUGAACACAUUUACAUUUACAUUUUAGUCAUUUAGCAGACGCUCUUAUCCAGAGCGACUUACAGGAGCAAUUAGGGUUAAGUGCCUUGCUCAAGGGCACAUUUACGUCAUUUAGCAGACGCUCUUAUCCAGAGCGACUCACCAAUUGGUGCGUUCACCCUAUAGCCAGUGGGAUAACCACUUUACAAAUUUUUUUUUGGGGGGGGGUAGAAGGAUUACUUUAUCCUAUCCCAGGUAUUCCUUAAAGAGGUGGGGUUUCAAAUGUCUCCGGAAGGUGGUGAGUGACUCCGCUGUCCUGGCGUCGUGAGGGAGCUUGUUCCACCAUUGGGGUGCCAGAGCAGUGAACAGUUUAGACUGGGCUGAGCGGGAACUAUGCUUCCGCAGAGGAAGGGGAGCCAGCAGGCCAGAGGUGGAUGAACGCAAUGCCCUCGUUUGGGUGUAGGGACUGAUCAGAGCCCGGAGGUACAGUUCCCCUCACUGCUCCAUAGGCAAGCACCAUGGUCUUGUAGCGGAUGCGAGCUUCAACUGGAAGCCAGUGGAGUGUGCGGAGGAGGGGGGUGACGUGAGAGAACUUGGGAAGGUUGAACACCAGACGGGCUGCGGCAUUCUGGAUGAGUUGUAGGGGUUUAAUGGCACAGGCAGGGAGGCCAGCCAACAGCGAGUUGCAGUAGUCCAGACGGGAGAUGACAAGUGCCUGGAUUAGGACCUGUGCCGCUUCCUGUGUAAGGCAGGGUCGUACUCUCCGAAUGUUGUAGAGCAUGAACCUGCAGGAGCGGGUCACCGCCUUGAUGUUGGCGGAGAACGACAGGGUGUUGUCCAGGGUCACGCCUAGGCUCUUCGCACUCUGGGAGGAGGACACAGCGGAGUUGUCAACCGUGAUGGCUAGAUCAUGGAACGGGCAGUCCUUCCCCGGGAGGAAGAGCAGCUCCGUCUUGCCAGGGUUCAGCUUGAGGUGGUGAUCCGUCAUCCAUACUGAUAUGUCUGCCAGACAUGCAGAGAUGCGAUUCGCCACCUGGUUAUCAGAAGGGGGAAAGGAGAAGAUUAGUUGUGUAUCGUCAGCGUAGCAAUGAUAGGAGAGGCCAUGUGAGGAUAUGACAGAGCCAAGUGACUUGGUGUAUAGGGAGAAAAGGAGAGGGCCUAGAACUGAGCCCUGGGGGACACCAGUGGUGAGAGCACGUGGUGCGGAGACAGCUUCUCGCCACGCCACUUGGUAGGAGCGACCGGUCAGGUAGGACGCAAUCCAGGAGUGAGCCGCGCCGGAGAUGCCCAGAACACCUACCUGUGUGUAAACAGAAGACAAACGCCACAAAUGUGUCACUGAAAAAUACUGUCCUCUGCAACUGUGUUAAAACCGGUUAAAACAGGGUACAGUAAUUGUGUUUAGCAUUUGUGAAAUUAUUUUGUUGUGAUAUGAAAGUAAAGGGAUUUAUGUUUCUAGAACCGUACCGCAAUUGAGAAUCGAUUCACAUUUAGAUGGCUUAUUUGGUUUGUUUUGUCUUCCAGAGCCAAUUCGCCAUAUAAACAGAGGAGUAACGUUAGGCUCCUUUAGUCCAAUAUUGGCCUACCAUAGCUGUAUGGAUCUUUGCAAAACUGCUACUGUAAGUGCAUAACGUUUGUAACUCUUUAUUUAAAGAUUAUUUCUUGCUGAUGAAAAAGAAGAGCCAUAUGUUUUGAAAGCCAUAUCCCAAGCGAUGAUUAUUGAUGUUAAAACACAGCGGUCAGGAUUGUAGUUCAUAUGAGCCAGUCAUGGGCGAAGCUGACGGCUGAAAACUGUAGGGAGAAAUCAAAUGUUUGUGUUAAAAAAUAUCACAUUACACAUUUAGCAAUGAAAAUGCAUUUUAAACUUCACGUACAGUAAUACUUUUGUUUGACAAUACAAUUAUUUUAUCGAUAGGAGUGGGGGGGAAAGAUACUUGUUGUGCAUUGGAAAGCACACAAGUCUGCAUUAAUGAUAAGAAAGAAAAUAAAGACUGCACUUCCAUUUCACACCAUAGCCUGCCGAAUUUGCAAGACAUUUUCUUUCAUUUUGGUUUUGGCACAAAUGAAUGUGGCACGGACUUCCCCGUGUAUUGUUUCAGCAUUGUCUCAAUGAAGAGUUCGGUGUUCGACUAGCCAUGUGCACUUACAAGCCUGCUAGAGUUAGUGGCAGGUGGACAAGCAAUAAAUACAGUUGUAGGAUGACUGAAGCCUGAGCUGGAAUGUGAAGUUAACUGAAGCUGGUUAGCUUUCGAAAACCCUGAGUAGAUCUAGCUUGCUUUGUAGGACACCCCUCUGGUCUGUUUCGCAAACGUUCUCAGAAGUCUCACAAUGUUGCGCUUCUGGGUUCAGAAACUCUGUGGUAUUGGUUAGAUCAGAUGGAGCUAUCCCCUCAUGUUGAAAUAAAUGUUGCUAUUCACCAAGUUUUGCUAUCUGGUUUCAAAUGCAAAUAGAAUGUAAUUAGUGCUGAGCGAAUAACAGAUGUUUAUUUUUUUGUUUUAUAAACAACUAAUUGACCAAUUAUUAGAUUUUCCAUUUCGUUCAUUUUUUUUUCUUUUUCUGUGAGUGCAAUGCGCAGUUUCUCUAGAUCAGAUCAAGCCCGAACUGUGCGACGUUUACAGCAGGCCAAUAUUCUACAUAGUUUAGAGCAGAAAACGUGGUAAUUAACUGCAAUGAAUAUAAUCCAUUGCGCGCCUACUUGUCCGGUCAGAGACAGAGACAAGAACGCGGGAUAGAGAGCAAUUGCUUUGUGAGGUAUCUCUACCUGAAAACACAUCAUCUAAGAUUGAUAGUUGGUAUUCAGCAGUCCUAAAAGUAUGCCAUAUUUACUUUUGAAGAACUACUAAAAUAGUGAUUUUGUAAGACUGAAUAGGCCCCCACCAAAAAAAGAGAGAUAGAAAAUGUGAUUUUUUUAAAAAGUCAUCGAACCCGAAUCGACCUAAAAAAGCACAUCGCUCAGCACUAUAUGACAUACAGGAAGAGAAAUGGACACUUGUGUGAACAGCAUUUGUUUUCUUCUGCAGACUGUAACCAACAACCAUGGUGAAGGAAACCGGCUUUUAUGACAUGUUGGGUGUUAAGCCCAAUGCCACUCCAGAUGAGUUGAAAAAGGCUUAUCGUAAGCUGGCCUUGAAGUACCACCCUGACAAGAACCCUACGGAGGGAGAGAAAGUGAGUGGAAGUAUUCAGAAAACCACUUUGCAUCCGUGACAGUCACAGUUAAUUUUUGCCGUACCACCUUUAUCUUUGCUGAGCAGUGUAUGUUAUAAACCAUGUAUUUGUAUUUAUUAUGGAUCCCCAUACCCUUCCUGGGGUCUGGCAAAAUUAAGGCAGUGUGAGACUGCUUCUAUGAAUAGGUUCUGAUUUAUGACCAUUGGUUGAGUGGAGAUAAGUUAUGCAUGCUAGUGUAGCGGAGUUAAGAAUGUACAGUAAGCUCACUCCCCAGCUAGCUUGAAAUGUCGCAGAUGGAGCUAUCCAAUUGGUACCUUUUGUAUAGCUCAAACGGUUUGCUAGUUAUAGAGCGGGUGGUCACGUGUGUUGGCAAGGUAGAGGACCCUGGUUCAAGCCCAGUCAGAGGCAAGUUCAGGGAGGCAGCGAUAUAUGCUAAUCCAGCACACUGACGCCGGUUAUGCCAGGUUAAUUUAAGAGAUGAAUAUGGAAAAUACAUAAAUUGUUUCUACAGUUCUGUCAGACAUUUUUAGUAAGUUGUUUAAUAUUUUUAAGUACUAGUUGAGAUUUCUAUUAGUAGUUUGCGCUCUGAGAAUUGAUCAUUCAGUUUUUUUCUUCCCAGUUUAAGCAGAUCUCUCAGGCAUAUGAGGUGCUGUCGGACUCCCAGAAGAGAGAGGUGUAUGACCGGGGAGGGGAGAAAGCCAUAAAAGAAGGAGGGGGCAGUGGAGGUGGCGGGGGUUUUGGAUCCCCCAUGGACAUCUUUGACAUGUUCUUUGGAGGAGGUGGCCGAAUGCACCGGGAGAGGAGAGGUAAAACGUAGUACAGAGACAAAUAUUACAUUCAACAGAAGUCAGACUUCAAAUUCUGACCUUUGGUCUUCUGUGGUUCUUCUUAACUUCUCUUAAGCGAAUGCUUUGACCCAAUGUGCUCUCCAAACCUAGGAAAGAAUGUCGUUCAUCAGCUCACAGUCUCUUUGGAAGACCUCUUCAAUGGAGCCACGAGGAAACUUGCUGUCCAGAAGAAUGUUAUUUGCGAGCGAUGUGAAGGUGCUACAUUACUACACAUGUUACAUUGUUGGUUAACCUUGGUCUUGAUCAGUCCCUCAUUAAAAGGGAAGGAUGAAAAUGACCAGUGUGGUGACCCUAAAGUCAUCAGGUUGAAUAGCCCUGUGUGAUCAUGCAUGGAUUGGAUGUCAUUCUACAUUGUCUUGUAAAAGCCAACAUCACAUUAUAAACAAUUAACUGUUAGAGGGAGGUAAAUGCCUCUGCUAGGAUAAAACAUUUCCGAGAUUAUCGUCGGACAAGGCCCAAACUAUUGUUUGGUUCCUUUUUUGUUGCUCUGAUUAUAAAAUGCAUACAUAAAUGUUCUUGCUUAUCUCACAGUAACAUUUUACAGCGGAUCGUUAUGCCACAGAAUCGCUAUCUGUUGACUAGCAUUUACCGCCCUGUCAAACACCGCAUGAGGCAUUCUGUUUAAAUGGUGAUGUGAUAAUAGUUAUUGCUGCAAACGACUAGGGUGAUGUGAACUGACAUGGCUGUGUUUUGGGGUAGGUCGCGGGGGAAGGAAGGGCGCGGUGGAGAUGUGCAUGUCCUGUCGCGGCACGGGCAUGCAGGUGCGCCUCCACCAGCUGGGGCCAGGCAUGGUGCAGCAGGUGUCCGCCGUGUGCGGGGGCUGCCAGGGCCAGGGCCAGCGCAUCAGCCACAAGGACCGCUGCAAGGCCUGCGGCGGACGCAAGAUUCUGCGGCAGAAGAAGAUCCUGGAGGUCCACAUUGACAAAGGUGAGGUGGUUGAUUUAAUUGUUGUCCAUCAAGAGAAGUCUUUCCACAGCUCACAAUUUACAUAGACGUAUUUAUAGUUAGUAUAUAGAACAAGAAAAAAAAAUGUUCUACCCUGGAUUUUUAUUUAUUUAUUUUUUGCUAUGAGGUCCAUCAGUUAUUUGACUCCUUUGAUUUGUGUGGAGGAGAAAUUGUCAAGAGCAUAGACUCUGCCUAAAUUGUUCACUGUAUGUUUGUCUAGCGACGCGGGUGGGAUGGGGGGAUGGGUUAAGCAUGUUGACACGGGAUACGCCAUGGCCCUGUUGACACCGUUAGCUGACAGACCAAGCUACCUGUGGAUGGGAAUGCUAGCAGAGCGACUGCCAAUUUACAAGGUAAAAGUGUGAACAUUUUCUUCCUCCAUUUUGAGGAUGUAGGAGGUUUGGAUGUCUGUUAUGUGAUACAACCUACAUUUUCUUCACUUCUGGUCCUGGCUAAUACACCUGAUCAAUGUAGUCUUGAUGAUUAGUUGGAUCGGUAUUUCUAGUGCUGGGCAGAGACAAAGGCAAGCAACACACUGCAGUCUUCUGGAACCAGGAAUGAAGAGCAUUGUGAUAUAAGAUGACAUAGUGAGUGACAUAUUCACACUAUACAGGGCCAAAACAUACUGCUAUUUCCUUUUCACAUUGUCCUUUCCAAAACGUUUACAGGAUCUGUAACCUGGCCAGCCCAGUACAGCUCAGUUUGACCCUAUAGUGUAGAAUGGCAGUCAAUUGACAAAAUGCACCCUACAUAUCAACUUGUGUACAAAACAUUAGGAACACCUUCCUAAUAUUGAGUUGCACCCCUUUUGCCCUCAGAACAGCCUCAAUUUGUCAGGGCAUGGACUCUACAAGGUGUCCAAUUUGACUCCAAUGCUUCCCACAGUUGUCAAGUUGGUUGGAUGUCAUUUGGGUGGUGGAUCAUUCUUGAUACACACGAAAAACCCAACAGCAUUGCAGUUCUUGACACUCAAACCGGUGCGCCAGGCAUACUCAGUUCAAAACCACUUAAAUAUUUUGUCUUGCCUAUUCACCCUCUGAAUGGCACACACACACACUCCAUGUCUCAAUUAUCUCAAGGCUUAAAAAUCCUUCUUAAACCUGUCUCAUCCCCUUCAUCUACGCUGAUUUGAAGUGGAUUUAACCAGUGACAUCAAUAAGGGAUCAUCGUUUUCACCUGGUCAGUCUGUUAUGGAAUUUUUUUGUCCACUCUGUGUGCAUACAUACAGUGCAUUCGGAAAGUAUUCAGACCCCUUCACUUUUUCAACAUUUUGUUACAUUACAGCCUUCUAAAAUGUAUUAAAUACAUUUUUUCCCUAAUCAAUCUACACACAAUACCCCACAAUGACAAAGCGAAAACAUGUUUUUAGAAAUGUUUGCAAAUGUAUUACAAAUAAAAAAACAUAAACCUUAUUUACAUAAGUAUUCAGACCCUUUGCUAUGAGACUCAAAAUUGAGCUCAGGUGCAUCCUGUUUCCAUUGAUCAUCCUGGAGAUGUUUCUACAACUUAAUUAGAGUCCACCUAUGGUAAAUUCAAUUGAUUGGACAUGAUUUGGAAAGGCACACACCCGACCAAACUGAGCAAUCGGGGGAGAAGGGCCUUGGUCAGGGAGGUGACCAAGAACCCAAUGGUCAUGCUGACAGUUCUUCUGUGGAGAUGGGAGACCCUUCUAGAAGGAUAACCCUCUCUGCAGCACUCUACCAAUCAGGCCUUUAUGGUAAGGUGGCCAGACGGAAGCCACUCCUCAGUAAAAGGCACAUUACAGCCGCUUGUAGUUUGCCGAAAGACACUUAAGCACUCUCAGACCAUGACAAACAAGAUUCUCUGGUCUGAUGAAACCGAGAUUGAACUCUUUGGCCUGAAUGCCAAGGGUCACGUCUGGAGGAAACCUGGCACCAUCCCUACAGUGAAGCAUGGUAGUGACAGCAUCAUGAUGUGGGGAUGUUUUUUAGUGGCAGGGACUGGGAGACUAGUCAGCAUUGAGGGAAAGAUAAACGGAGCAAAGUACAGAGAGAUCCUUGACGAAAACCUGCUCAGGACCUCAGCCUGGGGUGAAGGUUCACCUUCCAACAGGAUGACCCUAAGCACACAGCCAAGUCAACGCAGGAGUGGCUUCGGGUCAAAUUUCAAUGUCCUUGAGUGGCCCAGCCAGAGCCCGGCUUUGAACCUGAUCGAACAUCACUGUAGAGACCUGAAAAUAGCUGUUCAGCGACGCUCCCCAUCCAACCUGACAGAGCUUGAGAGGAUCUGCAGAGAAGAAUGGGAGAAACUCCCCAAAUACAGGUGUGCCAAGCUUGUAGCGUCAUACCCAAGAAGACUCUUGGGUGCUUCAACAAAGUACUGAGUAAAGGGUCUGAAUACUAAUGUAAAUGUGAUGUUUCAUUUUUUUCUACAUAUCUAAAAACCUGUUUUUGCUUUGUCAUUUUGGGGAAUUGUGUGUAGAUUGAUGAGGGGAAACAACUAUUUAAUCCAUUUUAGAAUAAGGCUUUAACAUAACAAAAUGUGGAAAAAGUCAAGGGGUCUGAUUAUUUUCAGAAUGCACUGUACGUACACACACACAGCUUAAAGGGCAGUUCUGCCACUUUUCAACCUCCUAUUCAUUUAUCUCCAGCACCAUAUCAGUGUCUACAUACAGGUAACUGCCUAAAUAAAAUGAACACUUUAUUAAGUGGUCCUCUGUAGCUCAGCUGGUAGAGCACGGCGCUUGUAACGCCAAGGUAGUGGGUUCGAUCCCCGGGACCACCCAUACACAAAAAUGUAUGCACGCAUGACUGUAAGUCGCUUUUGAUAAAAGCGUCUGCUAAAUGGCAUAUUAUUAUAUUAUUAUAUAAUAAUAAUAUGCCAUUUAGCAGACGCUUUUAUCCAAAGCGACUUACAGUCAUGCGUGCAUACAUUUUUGUGUAUGGGUGGUCCCGGGGAUCGAACCCACUACCUUGGCGUUAUAAGCGCCGUGCUCUACCAGUUGAGCUACAGAGGACCACUUAAUAAAGUGUUUAUUUUAUUUUGGCAGUUACCUGUAUAUUAUAUUAUAUUAAAUUAGGGAGUCAGUGUAUUAAAAGCAGGUGCUUCCACAGGGUGUUGUUCCUGAGUUAGUUAAACAAUUAAAACAUCCCAUCUUGCAUGUUAUUUUGCCUACCAUGGCGAGAAAAGAUCUGUGACUUUAAAAGAUGGGUCUCAAAGGAGCCUAGGGGGUUUAAUGUGUGUGUGUCAGUCACUAGAUCUCAAUCCAAUUAAACACUUAUGGGAGAUUCUGUAGCCGUGCCUGAGACGGCGUUUGUCACCACCAUCAACGAAACACCAAAUUAUGGAAUUUUUUAUGGAAGAAUGGUCUGGAACUCUAUCCCUCCAAUAGAGUUCCAGACACUUGUAGAAUCUAUGCCAACGUGCAUUGAAGCUGUUCUGGCGGCUCGGGUGGCCCAACGUCCUAUUAAGACACUUUUUAUGUUGCCAUUUUAUUUUGGUAGUCACCUGUAUGUGGAAACGGUGCAUUUCUAUGAUCUGUAGUUAAAAAGAUAAAAGUCCCAAAAAAUGCUUCUGUGACAUUGCAGGGUGGGAUUAAAAGUAAUACAAAUGUUGAUUUUCAAAACCUGCAACAAGUUUCUAGCCAGGAGAAUGUUAUUUUCUUGCUCCCCACGAAUCUGUUUGAAAAUCAAUUUUAACCUUUGUCAUGUGGUAUAACUUUUAAACUACCGUAAUUUUCGGACUAUAAGCCGCGCCUUUUUUCCAAUUUUUCGACCCUGCGGCUUAUAUAACGGUGCGGCUAAUCUAUGGAUUUUUACAGCUAACGGCCACUAGAAGACCUCCUAAAUCUAUGGAUUUUACAGGUUACAGUCCACCAACUUUAACUCUAUGGGCUCUAUGACCGGUCCGCGCCCCCCACCUUUAAGCGGCGGGCUCCAGCAGGAAAAGCUGGAGGCCGGAAAAGAGUGAGACAGGUAGCGCGCAAAAGUAAAAGUGGAACCGAGAGUGGUACGAGAGAGAGAACGACAGCGAGACAGUUUGUGCAAAGGAAGUUUUCAUCCACAAACCCUCAUUAUGGAAAACAAACGUAGAAAUGCAUGUGAUGCAGCUUUUAAGUUAAAGGCAGUCAAUCUGGCUGUCAAAACAUCCACGAUCAUUAACGGGUUCCGAAAGGCUGGACUGCUGCGUGAUGAAGAGGAGGACGCCGCCACAGCUGAGGCCCUUCAGAGGCUGUUCGAUUCCCACGGUGACGAAGAGGAGUUUGUUGGUUUUGAGAGCGACAACGAAGGAGAGAGGAGAGUGGCUGACGAAGCCACCCUGAGCCUGUUCGUUUCCGACACUGAAGAUGAGGACUUUGGUGGUUUUAGUACGCAGGAAGAAGACGGAGAUGAGGAUUAAUGACUUGACUUUUCUGGUUACAGCCGUGUACUGCACCUUAGCCUAAAAGAUGAAGACGAGGAUUAAUGACUUUUCUGGUAGGCUGAUUACCGUAUAUUUUAAGCAGAUAUUGCCUCGUCAAGCGCUGUAAGCUUUGUUUUUUGUUAUGGUACUACUGUAGGCUAUAAUAUAGAUAAAUAUUCAAAGAUGCGCACACUUUUUCAAGGUUUUUCAAAAAUAACUAAAGUUAAGUGGUUAAAUGAUUGUGACGCUAUUAACUAAUUUUGCUGGGGAACCCCUAGCACUCCCUCAAGGACCACUGGUUGAAAACCACUGCUGUAGAUCACUGCCGGUAUGUGCGCUGGGAGCGCACCGUUUAAGUUUGAAAGUUGAAAAGUUUGUGUGUCUGAAACGCUAUGUGAUACAGUUUACACAGCACAGUAUAUGUUCUGUAGCUACUAUUGCACUAAAUGGUAACACUUGAAUACGUUAUGCAAAUAUGCAACUUGUUUGUUGAAAUGUUAAUAAAUGGGAGCUUCCUCAAGCAGCCAUCUCUUUCCCGACAAUCCCCUCUGUGCACGAACCCUUACAUAUGGUAAUUAAACAUUAAAACACCUGCGGCUUAUAGUCCAGUGCGGCUUAUAUAUGUACACAUCAUUCAAUAUCAUUCAAUUUAGCUGCUGCGGCUUAUACUCCGGUGCGCCUUAUAGUGCGGAAAAUACAGUAUUUUAUUUUCUCUACAAAAUGUAGAAAUGUGCCGUUUUCACAUGUAGACACUGGUAUUGUGCUGGAGAUUAUCAAAAUGAGGUCAAAAGGGUUGGAAUUGCCCUUCUUUAAGAAAGCUCACUCAGCUAUUUCACUUGGUGUAUCCUUGAGUUGUGCUACUAAAGCCUUUGUGAAUUUAUCCAAUGGACAGCCAUAGUGAAAUCCCUAUACUGAAGCAAACUGUAGUGUGUGUGUACUGUGAUUCCUGUUGUGGUUGGUUGUUCCCCUAUUCUUUGGCUCUAUGGCGCUGGUUAUCCAAGGCAACAGUCAGGGAAAGUUGGUUUGGUCCAACUCACAGGGCUUUUUCGCAUAUGAAUUUGGUACCCUGGAACGUUUUUUGACAAUUCCAUAAAACAAGAAUGGAAAUGAACAGAUUCCGGAUAUAAUUUCUGUAACAAAGUUUCAUGCGACUAACACUACUGCAUUACAAUAUCUCUGGUCCUGGACCAAGGACCAGGAUUAUUUUGCGCCAGGAUUAGUUAGCACUUCCACAUCUGCUUUAUAGCAUGGAUCAGGUUACCAAACGCUCCAGGAUCCAAAUCAUCUAGGGAUAUGUGGAAGUGCCCUAAAUGUUCCCCAAGGCAUGGUUGCGUGUGAAUGGCGUUGCCAGAUAAUUCUGAUCUGUCUUAAUGCAGUUAAAUACGGGCCAGUUGAGUUAAAUCAAGCCUAAAUUAUUGUUGCAGGUAUGAAGGAUGGGCAGAAGCUAGUUUUCCACGGGGAGGGAGAUCAGGAGCCAGGACUAGAGCCUGGUGACAUCAUCAUUGUCCUGGAUCAGAGAGUCCAUCCCGUCUUCACCAGGUAAAAGAUUAAACCUCAUGCCAGUCCUUAUUCACUACCGGCCUCUACCCUAUGUCUAUAUCACAUUGUCUGAUUGGACCAACAAAUGGUUUGUGCACAAAUUUGGCAGUUCCAUUGUUCCAAACGAGACCUUUUUUAUAUUCUUCAGUAUUGUAUUGGUCUGUAUUCUGUACUAGCCUAUAGACCCCUUUCUGUGUUUGCAAACAUUGCCGCAUGAGGGCGAUGCGUGGAGGUUGGUGGCAGAACAAGGGGGAGUUCUUAUAGAACGGCAGCAAAAAAUAAAUCUUUGCAGCUGUUCAAGCAAGAAUCAAAACAUAAUUGUAAGCGUAUGAGAACCUAAAACAGUUAUUUUGUUUAGCCUAGAUUUAAGUUAUUACUUCUAUGUUGAAAAAGGCACAGAUGGCGAUUGCUUUCUUACUGCCGCUAAGAGUCGCACGCAUCUGUGUGUGACGUCAGUGUGUCAUGUACUGGAAAAAGGUCUAUAUAUCUAGCAAAACAAAAAUUUGGCCAUUCAAGAACUUAAUUUAAAUUCAUUUUCUUCAACAACAAAAAAUCGCCAUUGAGAGCCAAUCACUUCUCAGUUCUUGAUUUUCACUUCUUGGCUUGAAAUGCAAUCAAUCGCAGCCUUGUUGGCUUUGAUUGGUAUUGACUGUGCUCUAUUCUACAGACAAGGGGAAAAUCUGACCAUGACUAUGGAGCUGCAGCUGGUGGAGGCCCUGUGUGGUUUCCAGAAGCCUGUUCAAACUCUGGACAACCGAAGCCUCCUCAUCACCUGCCACCCAGGUACACUUCCUAGAUUAUUUCAUUUAACAGAAACCUUUUACAACAACACUGGGCAAUUUGUAAAAAAAAAUUUAUGCAUUUUAUUUUUUGUUGAUCGUAGUGUUGCACGGUAUACCGGUACCAUUGUAAUAUAACGGUACCAAAACAUCCUGAUACUUAUACCAACAUUUCAGAAUCCUGUAGGACCGUUUCAUAUGAUGCUACCCAAUUUGUCAGCCCUACCAAUCUAAAGAACCUGCUGGCGCCUGUUUUAUAAAAUCAGUUAAAAAAAUUAAGCAACAGCAACUAGUCUCUUGUAUGCGCUAGUCCAAUAAUGUCCACUUCACUUUCAAGCGCAUCUCACGUGUGGCAGCUGUGAUCAACCAGCCAUUACCUGCUUCUCUCUGUCCACUCUUCCUGCACAUCUAUUCCUCCAUCAGUUUUAAAAAUAGAAUUUAGCGGUAAUGGCGAGCGGGGACGCAGACCCUGAUGAAUCUUCUGUUACAUUUGAUACAUUGGAGCAGAGCGAGCAAAGUUCAUACAUUGGAGCAUUUUAUUGCCUGGUAUAACCAAGAGCACAGGUCAGUCUAAGUAGACUUUGCAAUUGCAAGUUUGCGGUCAAGCAGCCUCUGAGUGACAGAGGAAAUGCACCGCUUCAUGACAGGCAUUUUUGGAGCAUUACAGCAAAGAAAACGGUGUGUCUCUACCUCAAAUGGUUAAAAAGGAAAUGACCCGGAGCUACGUUUUUUUCUUUUUUCUUCCUGUGUCAAUUUGCGCGCAUUUGGAAUAAUUUCACAACCAUGUUGCGGGCCGUUUUAAACUAAUCCCGGGACGUUACUUAUUGGUUUGAUACAAACAACGUUCAGUCAUGUUACCUAGCUAGCUAACAACCUGCUCAUGUUGACAGUAGGUCUAGGCAAAUUUGCUUGGCGCAGGAAGAAAGGAAAAGGCUCUGCUAAUCAUGAUGCUAAUCACGUGCUUCAAAGGUAGGAUUCAUAAUGUAAGCCUAAACUAUAUAAAACAAUAUUUCUGGUGCUCAUUAACUUCAAAUGUAAGUAAAUGUAAUCUACGUAAUCCCCAAAAGUAAGUGUUUAUCAUGAGGGCCAUAAACAAUAACUAGUAAUGCUGCAUACUCCAAAAAAGGUUAAUCUCACCUUUCUGGUAAAAAAAUAGCUAUAAAUUGCUGAGGUGUAGUGACUUGAGGACACAAGCUCAAGUACAAAUGAUAAGUAUGAAAAUAUGAAAUAUUUAAAAUAUUUACAAAAAUAAAAAUAUAUUUGGUUCCUAUUCGACAAAACUAUAUGAAUAAUGCUUGAAAUUAUAUUCUUUCUAAAUAUAGUAUAAUCAAUUUAUAAAAUGACCAACUAUAAGAUUUCUCCUUCCUUAUAACUGUCAAAUACAUAUUUGUAUAUUUAGUGUUAGAAAAUGUGCAUAUUUUCUAAAGAUCAAAAUGUCUGCCCCCAUCGCUGUGAACGUCUCCGAGCUCUAGCUUCCUGUGUCCGAAAGAACGCUCAAUGCAAGCCAUUUCGAUCUACGGUGUCCACAGAUGGAUUUAAACGAAAAUAUUGGUCGGUACCGGAACCACGCAGGUCCCCUAAACAGGAGACUUGGUGCCUAAUGUUUUUAAAGUUGGAAGCAGUGUGCAUAUGUGUUUGGGAGAGCGAGCGGGAGGGAGGGAGAGGUUUCAUGCAGUGUUUUCCCCUUACUGCCACAAUGACAUGCAGAUCAUUAUGCAUGUACAGUAUAUUCCUUCCUUCCAUUGCUCCAGCCAAAUUAGAGGUAGGCCUUUGCAAAUAUGAGCAAAUAAGUCUACGCAAUAUUCUAUUAUACAGUGUGAAGUUAAUUCAAUAUGUGUUGUAUUAAGUAUAAUUGUGAAUAUCAAUGACACGGUUUUUGGGUAGCACAUGCGCAUAAUGUUUAGAAAACGGGAACAAGUGUCUGGGGGGCGAACAGGACGCUAGGCCACUAGAUUUUCUUUACCGAGUAGUAUCGCGAUACCAUGAGAUCGUGAUACUUGGCUUAGUAAAAUGUUGGUAUCGUGACAGCGCUGGUUGAUCGUGUUUUACAAUUACAUUUUUUACCUUGGCAGGGGAAUUGAUCAAACCUGGCGACAAGAAGUGUGUCCUGAAUGAGGGGAUGCCCAUGCACCGCCGGCCGUUUGAAAAGGGACACCUCAUUAUCCUCUUUUCGGUAUGUUCUGUAAAAAACACACACACCAUUCAAUGUGUUCCACCAUUCAGGACGUGAUACUGUAGAUGUACUGUAGAUGUUGAACUAUAUUUGUAUUUAUUCUGAACAAAAAUAUAAACAUAACAUAUAAAGUGUUGGUCCCAUGUUUCAUGAGCUGAAAUAAAAGUUCCCAGAAAUGUUCCAUACGCACAAAAAGCUAAUUUCUCUCAAAUUUUGUGCACAAAUCUGUUUACAUUCCUGUUAGUGGGCAUUUCCCAUGAUAAUCCAUCCACCUGACAGGUGUGGCAUAUCAAGAAGCAUGAUCAUUACACAGGUGUACCUUGUGCUGGGGACAAUAUAUAAGGCCGCUCUAAAAUAUGCAGUUUUGUCACACAAUGCCACAUUUGUCUCAAGUUUUGAGGGAGUGUGCAAUUGGCAUGGUGACUGCAGGAAUGUCCACCAUAGCUGUUGCCAAAUAAUUUAAUGUUCAUUUCUCUACCAUAAGCCACCUCCAACAUCGUUUUAGAGAAUGGGGCAGUACUUCCAACUGGCCUCAAUCGCAGACCAGGUGUAACCACGCCAGCCCAUGACUUCCACAUCUGGCUUCUUCACAUGUGGGAUUGUCUGAGAGGAGCCACCCGGACAGCUGAUGAAACUGUGCACAACCGAAGAAUUUCUGCACAAACUGUCAGAAACCAUCUCAGGGAAGCUCAUCUGCGUGCUCGUCGUCCUCACCAGGGUUUUGACCUGACUGCAGUUCGACGUCGUAACCGACUUAAGUGGGCAAAUGCUCACCUUCGAUCACCACUGGCACGCUGGAGAAGUGUGCUUUUCACAGAUGAAUCCCGGUUUCAACUGUACCGGGCAGAUGGCAGACAGCGUGUGUGGGCGUGCGGUUUGCUGAUGUCAACGUUGUGAACAUAGUGCCCCAUGGUGGCGGUAGGGUUAUGGAAUGGAAGAUCCUGAGGCUCAUUGUCAUGCCAUUCAUCUGCUGCCAUCACCUCAUGUUUCAGCAUGAUAAUGCACGGCCCCAUGUCGCAAGGAUCUGUACACAAUUCCUGUAAGCUGAAAAUGUCCCAGUUCUUCCAUGGCCUGCAUACUCACCAGACAUGUCACCCAUUGAGCAUGUUUGGAUGCUCUGAAUCGACGUGUACGACAGCAUGUUCCAGUUCUUGCCAAUAUCCAGCAACUUCGCACAGCCAUUGAAGAGUGGGACUACAUUCCACAAGCCACAAUCAACAGCCUGAUCAACUCUAUGCGAAGGAGAUGUGUCGUGCGACAUGAAGCAAGUGGUGACACCAGAUACUGACUGGUUUUCUGAUCCACGGCCCUACUUUUUUUUUUUUUUUUAGGUAUCCGUGACAGUCAUGUAAAAUCCAUAUUUAUUUUAAUUGACUGAUUUCCUUAUGAACUGUAAUUCAGUAAGAUCGUUUAAAUUGUUGCUUGUUGCGUUAAUAUUUUUGUGCGGCGUAUUCAUUGGGUUUUUAUCUUAUUGAAAUUGUGUCCUAAUUCAGCCGUGACCCCCACAGGAUGGCGCACAAUUGGCCCAGCGCGGUCCGGGGUAGGGGAGGGUUUGGCUGGUGGGGCUUUCUUUCCUUGGCUCAUCGUGCUCUAGCAACUCCUUGUGACAGGGCCGGGCGCCUGCAAGCUGACUUCGGUCAGUCUUCAGUCGAACAGUGUUUCCUCCGACACAUUGGUGUGGCUGACAAUCGGGUCAAGCGAGCAGUGUGAUAAGUAGGUGGCCAGGCGGGACAUAUUUCAGAGGAUGCUUGACUCGACAUUCGCCUCUCCCAAGCCCGUUGCAGAGAUGAGCCAAGGGACCUAAUUCAGGAAGAAAACAGAAAAAGAAAAAAAAAGCUUAUGGCCAUACCACCCUGAACACGCCUGUUCAGGGUCGGGCCUGGUUAGUACUGGGAUAGGAGACCGCCUGGGAAUACCAGGUGCCGUAAGCUUAAAAAUAUAUAAGAAAAGUAAAUAGUGUCCUAAGUCAUUCCCUCAGUUUAAAUGUUGUAUUAAAUUGAUUGACUAACUACUGCUGCAGACAGUAUUUAUGUUUUAUUAAACCACUGGAAAACUACUGGAGACUUACAAAGUCAACCAUACCAAAUACCAACCAUAUGACCAGUGGCCAUUUUGUAGUAGCACGUUUAUUGUGAUUAUGUAAUUGACACAAGUCUGCACUUUGUAGCCUGUGUAACUCGUAAUGUGUUUGCUUUAUUACUGUUUCAGUUGGUUCUUAAUUUCAUAUGACAUUUAAAGAAAAAUGUAGGGUGUAGAAAUAAGUGCUUUUUCGUUUUGUUUUUGCGAAAGGUGGUAUUCCCAGAGGCCAACUUCCUCCCCAAGCACAAGCUGAAGGAGCUAGAGCACUACCUUCCUGCCAAGAGGGAGGUGGAGCAGCCCGAGAGCAUGGACGACGACCUCUACAUCUACGCCGACCUGGAGGACUGUGACCCGGCCAGAGUAAGACGCAGCCAAUACCACUACAUGGAGGAGGAUGACUACCCGUCUGCUGGCGGGGUCCAGUGCCAGACUUCAUAA